AUGCAGUUGACAUAUACAAGUGCCGCCCUCUUAGGGUUUUCGUCACUCGUUGCUUCUGCACCUGCUGUCGAAAGGGAUGUUCUGCAGCCUGCUGAGCGAGGACUGAAGUGGACACCGAGGGCACACAAGAGGAUGCCUCUGGAGAUCGUUCAACAAGUUCAGGAGCCGACCUUGAUUAUCGUUCAGGAGAACCUCGAUCAGAUCGCCCAACUACAACAGGUUGCUGAGCAGCAGUUUGCAGCUCUCGUCCAGGCACAGGUGGCUCUGGCAACCCAGCUGGACACCAUCAAGAACAACAUCCGUGUCAACCACUUCAAAGCGCGCUUCAGCCAAGUUAAUACGGUUAUUGUCACGGUACAGACCCUGGUCGACCAGACACAAGGCCAGCAAGCACAGAACAGAUAUCUCAUCAACCAGCUGUUGGCAGACAAUGGAAAGCCCGAGUCCCAAAUCGUUGUCAUGGUCUCAGAUGCCGCCACCAUGACCGUUGGUGCACAACAGACGGCCGCCGUCAAUGGUGCCAGCGCGGAGUCUGCCCCGACGGCCACCCCAGUUCUUGCCAACUUCGACCCGAACGCCCCCUUUGGCCAGCUCAACCAGCAGGUCAUCCUUCCGCUCGGUGCCCAAGCGCCCCAGGUCAACCAGGUGUUCGCUGAUCCUGCGGCCAUUAUCUUGCCCAACCAGAACAACCUAUUCGUCGAGGACUCCGGCGCUUUCCUCGCCGACUGCGCUCAACAGAGUGCCUUCUUCCAGCUCCAGGCUGCGCAGAUCUUCCAAAACUUCCAGCAGCUUGCUGCUGCCCAGGCUGGUGCGGUGAUCAUCAUCAAUAACAACAACGGUGGUAACAAUAACAACAACAACAAUGGCAACAACAAGGGCAACAAGAACAACGAUGGCAAGAAGAACGGCGGUGACGCCGCAGCCCAGGCCUCCAAGGCCGCAGAAGCCGCCGCCGCUUCCUCCGCCGCACAGGCAGCGGCCUCCUCGGCUGCAGCCGUUGUCGCCGCCCCUGCUGCUCCGGCCGCCACCUCGGCCGCCCAGCCACCUGCUGCUGCUGCCCCUGCUGCCACCUCGGCCGCGCAACCGGCUGCCGCACCAGCUGCGACGGCAGCGCCAGCGGCAGCACCAGCAGCGGCGGCUCCGGCAUCUGGGUUCAUCACGCUGGUACCAGCACCGCAGUAA